AGCACCGAUUUAAGGAGAUCGAAAUAGUCUGAAAAUGGCUGUCACCAUUUUCUCUGUUGUCCUGAUCGUGGUAGUAGUCACUUUUCAAGCUGGACAGUGCUUUCCGCCUUGGGGAACUGUUUACACCCGAUGGGGCCGCACGACGUGUCCCGCGACAGCAACCCUUAUCUAUUCAGGUUAUGCUGCAGGAAGUCAUUAUAAGCACCCAGGAGGGGCAGUUGAACCGCUCUGUUUACCGACAAAUCCAGAGUGGGGGAUCCAUAACACAGUGCAAGAUAACGCAAGAGGACUGGUCUAUGGAGCUGAAUACGAAGCUUACAAAGAUAUCGUAAUGUCCGAUAUUCACGACCAUGAUGUGCCCUGUGCUGUCUGUAGCACUCAAAACGACAAGCCCGUCUUAGUUAUUCCAGCCAGAAAAUCUUGUUAUGCCGGAUGGAAAGUGGAAUACUGGGGAUAUCUGAUGUCAGGAAAAUUCGAACACGUUUCUGCCUCCACCUUCACCUGUAUGGACGCUCAACCUGAGACUCUGCCAGGGGGACCUGGAAACGCCAACGGCUAUUUAUUCUAUCCAGUGGAAACUCGGUGUGGAAGUUUGACAUGCCCACCAUACAGGAAUGGAUCGGAAUUAUUGUGUGUCGUUUGUUCUGAAAACUGUUGAAUGAAUAUAAAAAUAAAUGUAUGUUUUUACCGAAUUUUAAUGAUUUAUAAUUUUUUUCAAUUUAGAUUGUUUAAAAGCCUUUUU